AUGGCUCCCAGUGCUAUUGACUCCUCGAUCAAGGAUGUAGUCCAACCACGCAAGGACAACCUUGGUCUUCCCAAGGAGACUCGCGCUCGUCUUGAGAAGGCCAACAUCGAUCUCUCGAAUGGUUACCCUUACCGUCCAGCUCGUCCCCUCUACCUUCAAGAUGCAUACAACAUCAGAAACGAGCCUUGGGAGCACAACGAUGCUGGUGCCAGAGCAAGAAAGACCGACCCUACCAAGCGGUCUCUUUUCGAAGCUGCGAGCAAGGUCGAGGACCUGACAGCUCACAUUGGCACCGAAAUUCAUGGUCUGCAAUUGAAGGAUCUUACGAACCAGCAGAGAGACGAGUUGGCAUUGUUGAUCGCCGAAAGAAGUAUUGUCUUCUUCCGUGAUCAAGAUAUCUCUCCUCAACAGCAGAAGGAGCUUGGUGAGCAUUAUGGAAAGAUCGAAGUCCACCCUCAAGUACCUCAAGUCCCUGGUGUCGAAGGUGUCACUGUAAUCUGGCCCGCCCUGCAAGCAACCGAGAGGGCUGCCAACUUCAGAAACCCUGGCGGUGCUUCUCGUUGGCACACUGACCUCGUUCACGAGCGCCAGCCUGCAGGAAUCACACAUCUCCACAACGAUGUCGUGCCAUCUGUUGGUGGAGAUACUCUGUGGGCAUCCGGCUAUGCUGCCUACGAAAAGCUCAGUCCCGGCUUCCGCAAGAUUAUUGACGGCAAANAGGCUUACUUCAAAUCUGCACACACCUACCUCGACCGCAACGACCCCAAUGCCGGUCCUAAGCAUAUUGAACGUAUUCACCCAAUCGUUCGCGUGCAUCCUGCUACUGGUUGGAAGUCGCUCUUCGUGAACAGAGCCUUCACAACUAAGAUUGUCGGUCUUGACAAAGCCGAGAGCGAUGUCAUCCUGAACUAUCUUUUCGAUGUAUACGAGCGAAACAUCGACAUCCAGCUCCGAUUCAAGUGGACUCCAAGAACCAGUGCCUUAUGGGACAACCGCAUCACAAUCCACAAUGCUUCCUGGGAUUAUGAGAAGGUACCUCGACAUGGUACUCGCGUAACAUCGUUGGCCGAGGAGCCUUACUUCGAUGAGGAUGCGCCCACAAGAAGACAGGCUUUGGGUCUUGACGCUGAUGAUGAAUUGGUUGGUAGCGAUUAG